UCCAUGUCCGCAGCCGGGGGCGGGCUGGCGGCGGCUGCAGCGGUGCCGCAUGCGCUGCAAUCGCCGCAGCAGCAGCACCUCGGCGGGCGUAAGGGCGGGGCAGGAGGUUCCAUGUCCGGGCUGUCGGAAGUCCGAGUACCGGACGAGACCGAAAUGGAUUGGCAGCCCGAAUCGCAUAAGCACUCCCAUACUAAAGGAUCAAGCGGGCUGCACGUGCCGUCACUGGAACCAGUGGAGUUGUGGGCCGCUAUCUGUGCCGCUGAGGAUGCAGUUGCACCAGAAGUACCAGGAUCUAAGGCGCUGCAGGCAGGGGAAGAAAAGGCAUUGAUAUUCACUCGGCUCCUUCUCUCACUGGACAUCGUUAAGGAGGGCAGUCCAUGGCCCCCCCGAGCGAAGUGUUCAGUGCCUACAGGGCAUUCUACUUGCUCAGCAUUGGCUCAAGGCAUGGUCAGAGGCGACUUGGCCACCACUGGCCCGUCUUCAAGCUCUGCGCCAGCCUCUUCGUACACGUCGCCCCUCCAUCUUUGACAAUGCUACCUGUCAGCCUGUCGAGAGCCCUACAGAAAAGGCCCUGUUUGCAGCGCUUGCUGCUGUGCAUAAGCGGAACUACAAAAGGUUUGCUGAAGACUGGAACGCGCGUCUUGCACAGGAGAAGGGCCUCUCUGCCCAAGGCGUCACCUUCAAAAAGCCUUGCCUACUGCAAGCUUUCGACGUCAAGCAGUCAUGCGAGGUGCGGAACGGGCUUACCCACUAUCACCUCCUCCUGCAGAAGGUGACUGGACGCAAUUUGCAGUCUGAAGAUAGCGCCGGUGUGCAGUCAUCGUUGCCAACGCUGCAAGCACCUGCAUUCUAUACUCGAGUGCAGUCGCAGCCAUCGACGCAGCACCUCGACGGGCGUCGGGCGUUCAGCAGCCAGGGCGGGGGAGGAGGUUCCAUGUCCGCUGGCGGGAGUGGAUCGACCAAGUCACGUCUUGGUGUUCUAGGUGGAUGUAAGAAACGUGGGCCUAAGGUUGGACAGCGCACGGCACCCAAGACCUGCAACUUAUGCAAGGAGCGAAACCUACCGUACGAUCAUGCUUGGAACAACCGCACGGCCUGCUUGUCUAUAUGCCGUGCCUGUACAACCACAACCAGCGGCCGGGUGGAGCUAACCAUUGCUGGUUACUGCGCCAAGUGCAAGCGCACGUUUGAUUACGGCAAACAGCACCAGUAGGGAUACCGUACGUGUUGUGGCAGUACUGGGCCGGUGGUAUCAUUGCAAGGUUGUUUUGCAUAUAACUGUUAAUCUGUACAUAGGGUACAUGGAAAUGCGCAUGCUUUUUGUUAGGGUUGGACUAGGUACAUGGAUAGCUGCUUACUUCUUUCAAACCCAUGCUGGGUACAUGGAUAGCCGCUUACUUCUUUCAAACCCAUGCUAUAGUCUUCAAUUUUUGUCUGCUAUUGGAUGUUGGCACGUGUGUCAGUUGAGCGAACAGAUUGGAAUAGUGCGUCUUCAACCUGGAUGUGCAUGUGUCCUGAAGGGUGCUUGCUUGCUGUCGGUGCAUGCUGUCGGUGGUCAAUUUCCUUGCCUGCCAUUCCUGCUCCCUCUUGCAUCGCGAAUGGGUGUUGUAUUGUCGAGAUGACUGGGUUGUACACGCGUGCUACAAGGCUAGUUAGAAUCGGGCGGGGGGUAUGGGGCCGUUUAGGGAGUAGCAUGCAGCAGUCGUAACACGUUAUGAAGCAUUGCGGCACCAGUUGUGAAGUGUUGUGUCACCAUGUAAACGCUUCUUCUGGCGGUAACAUGAUUGUAGCUCAGACGUCCCAACAGAGGGGUGCUGUUGCUGCAGGAGUUGGUGUUACUUGGGGACAUGGGAAUGGCUAUAGCUACAGGACGCCACCCUGCUUGCAUGCAUGCCCUAUGUGGUACAAACGCAAACGUUCAUGCCGGUUAGCGUACAGAUACAUGUUACAAUGUUACAAUGUUAGCAGAGUCUAUAAGGUAGACUCUGCUUGGUAACACACAGGGAGGCACAGGG